UUUAUCCACAUCGAUGUAAUGCUGGAUGUCACAACCGAGCUAAACCAAGGUGGAAACAACUUGCAUCAUGAGUGAGUGGAAUCCAGAAAUAUUCAACAUCGAAGCGAUGCCACCAUCGGCACCGCAGCAGAAAAUAGGCCAGCUACCAGAUGAUGUCAUCAAGCAGUUUUUCAUAGACGGUUACGUCAUUGUGGAAAACUUUUUCAAACCAGAGGAAUUGGACCCCUGUAAAGAAGCAAUCAAUGAUAUGUUAGAUGAAAUGGCACUGCAGUUUUUACAGAAAGGAAAGAUCAAAGAACUUUACAAAGAAUAUGGUUUUUACGAGAGGCUGUCCAAGAUUGAGGAUGACUUCCCAGGGGCAAACAUCGUCCUACAUAAGCUGGGAAAACUUCCACAGGCUUUCAAAGAUGUAUGGACAAACGAACGCCUACUGAACGUCAUUGAACAGCUUAUCGGUCCAGAAAUUGCUGGCCAUCCGGUAUGGAACCUUCGAACGAAGACACCCCAGAACGAGGCUACUACUGUGCCGUGGCACCAAGAUAGCGCCUAUCUGGACAAUGACUCUUACAGAGUGUUACAGCCGACAGCCUGGAUACCUCUGAUAGACGCUACAGCAAAAAACGGAUGCAUGCAGGUGGCGCACCGUGGCCACAAAACCGGUAAGGUUGCUACUCACCAGUGUUGCUAUGGAGGGACGUGGUAUGUUAUGCUGGAGGAAGAUGAGAUGGCAAAAUCGUUAGAUGUGAACCUGGAGUCAGAUAUCAAGACGUGCCCAAUUCCAUAUGGUGGCAUGCUGCUGCUGAAUAACAUGAUACCUCAUAGAAGCUUGCCAAACCUAUCGAAACAAAUUCGUUGGAGUUUGGAUUUGCGCUGGCAGAAGCCAUCACUUCCUUUUGGAUUUCACAACAUGAAAAAUGGGGUAUUGAUGCGAACAUCAAAAGACCCUAACUACAAAAUCGACUGGAACGAAUUCGAGGGUGUUGAUCGCCAUGAUAAACAAAGAGAAUAUGUGAAGGAGAUACUUGAACCAUCGAGUGACCCAGAUUUUGACAUAACGAUCCAAGGGCCCUGGAUGAAGAAGUGGGAAAUUGUUCACAUGAAUCAGCAUACUGCAAAACUUACAGACGAAACAAUGAGUUCCUGGCAUGGCCACAAGGCAUAGGAAAUGUUAGAGACGAUUAUAAAUGUUUCAGGGAAUGGUUCAGUACUUCAUCAGCUUAACAUCGAAUGAAAUGUUUUAUUUAGAAAACGUCUCCAAACGAAUGGAUAUGCUGGCAUUUAUGUAAUCGUGGGUAUUUGCAAUCAGAUCAGUUGUAUUUUGAUUUUGUUUGCACACUUGACAUUUAACACAUCUAAUAUAUAUUUGAAUAAUAACUUAAUGUGUUCAUGAGUUUAUGGUGUUAUUUGGUUUGGUACAAUACGAACAGUGUUAAAUAUUAAUCUGUAACCAUGUAGUCAUGGUAACAUGGAUAUAAUAACGCAAGCUCUGUAAUGACAAGGCAAAUAGUUAUCAAUAGAUUCUUGUUAUAGAUUCCUUUCAUAUAAACGUAUUGUAUUUAUUUUCACUUAUCAUUAUCGAUAAUUAUAGCAGUAUAAAAUGUAUACAUAUCAUUAUCUAUUCAUUCUAGCAACACAGAUCACUCAAGUAUAAAUAGUGAUUUUUACUUAAAAUAAAUAUGCAAAAUUGUAUAAACGAUUUGAGUCCUCAAAUUGAAUCAUAAUUUGAUACUUCUCUCGAUGUUUGUCUUUAUUUAAUAUUUAAACCCAAAUACACAAAGAUAAGCAAGACCAUAGAUUUUGUUACAUAAGGAAACAUGUUUACAUAAUUUAUUAAAUACAUCCUGUCGACAAAGAUCAUUUAAGUAGAAUCAGAAAAGUGGUAUUUGCUUAAACAAUUAUACAACAGUGUAUGGGUAUUUUUUGUUUUUAUGUUGUUUUAUUCAUAAAUUGUUGUUACUUUGUUUUUGGUUAAGUUUGUUAAUUCAAUGAAGAUAAUGGAAUCACAAUUUGAAUAUUUUUUUCUGUGUUGUGUAGAUUUAAGAUAAUCUUAACAGAAAUGCAUUAAGCUUGACCACAAAAUAUAUACAUACAAAAUAUAUCGAUACAUUGAAGAAGAUAUCCUCGUGGUAUUUUCCCCGUCGGUUCUGAAAAGAAAAUCGAUGAAAAAACUUCGUAACAAGUUGCUCUACAGAUGUUUAUUUCAGUUUAUUCAUCCUCUGCCAAAAAGACAACACACGACAUGUAAAUUUAUAUUCAAUCCUAGUGAGAAACAUCAUCGUCAUCCAUGACACCAGACGUCACACUGAUGAAUAUUAUCAAAAAUCGUUGACAAGUUUUUGAAAUUAAAAUUAACCGUUACUCCUCUACUUUAUUUAAGUUCAUAAAUUUAGGGGUUUUAGGCACAUGCCCCUCUGUUUUAACAAACGUUUAGACAAAUUUGAUAUUCACAUUAAUAUUUGAGCUUCACCGAUGAUCCUUAGAUGGAAGAAACAGCUGUAUGAUGCUAUGUAACUUUAUUUUGGCAAACUGUUUCUAUUACCAGAUUUUAAAGGGUUGCAAUCACCUGUGUGUUAUACGUUCAUGUCUGUAUCUCUUAUUAUCGCUCAAGGAACUACUGGUUAUCGGGAACAAUUAUAGGAAUAUCCCAUUUCAGUUUGACUAUUGUCGGUAAUUGUUAUAUGUGUAGGUAUAGUAAUAAACAAAAACGAAAACGAA